AUGGCACCAGUGGAGAAGAAGCUCGUGGCUGGGGAGAAGCUGGAGAUCGUGAAGAGGCGCACGCCCUUCGUGGAGCUGCCGCUGGGGGCCACCGAGGAUCGUGUCACGGGCACCAUCGACAUCGAGCGCGCCCUGAAGGAAGCUGGGAAGGCGUUCGAGCCUGGAAUUUUGGCGCGGGUGAACCGCGGUAUCCUCUACAUCGACGAGGUGACAUCCUGGCGGCCCGCUGCUGCAGCUCUUCGAGCCGCAGUGCUGUUGCGCCUCUACAGCAACCUCUUCAUCGAGGCUGAGCUCUUCGAGGAGUAUGUGGAGCGCGCAUGGGAUCUCUGGCACGGUUGCCGUGAGGAAGCUGGAGCACGCGAGGCUCACCUGGAGGAGGGCAUGGAGCUGUUCCUCACCACGCUCAAGGAAGCCAUCGCAGCCGAAGUUCCGGUGAAGGCCAACGAGUUGUUCCUGAUCUUCUACAGCCCGCAUGUUUGGAGGCGACCUCACGAAAGCAUGCAGCAGUACAUCAUCAGGCGCGAGCAGGACUUCAAGCGGCUGGAGGACCACGCCCCAGGCACCCAGGUUUCCGACAACCUCAGAUCCAUGAUGCUCCUCAUCUUCGGAGGUCUGGAUCACAGAGAGCAGCUGUCCGUUUUGAGCUCCGUGAACAAUGAGUACGACUUCAAGAAGAUCGCCCACGCGAUGCGCAUCCAGUUCCCCAGCAUUGCCGGCAAGCCAGUCCAUAGGCGUGACUAUCUUGGCGCUGGUCGGCAAGCCCCUGCAGCUCAUGGUCACCAGGCACCACGUUUUCGGUGGAAGCCGACCCGAGGCAAGCAGGUGCUCUCCGUCACUGAGGAGCCGGAUGAGGACUUCGAGAACAUCGACGAGGGCGAUGAGGCGUACUACGAGGAAUCCCAGGACACCUUCGAGGUUACGGAUCAGGACUACUCCUACUCCGAGGACGAAGGCCUGGACACCUUGAUGGCGGAGAUGUUCCCCGACAACGACUUCGAGGACGCAGAUGCCGCCGAGGUCCUCGCCACCAUUGCCCAGAUGCGGAUGAAGGGAAAAGGCAAAGGCAAAGGCCGCAGUAAAGGCAGCGGCAAGUCGACUUCAUCGCCUACAGGACCAUCCGGGAUUCCCUUCAGGGCAUCUGGUGAGAUGACCUUCGAUCAAAAGGCAAAGGAACAACGGCGGUCUGCCGUGAAGUUCCCCAAGACGAUCACCCCAUGCACCUCGUGCGGCCAGAAGGGUCACUGGCAGGGUGAUCAGAAUCUCUUCGUGCUGCACGAGAUGGAUGAGCAGUUCGAGGGAGACGAUGUCUACAUGGUCCUCAAGGACUACGGUGGUCUCUGCGAGCACAGCAUCUGUGCCGGCGGGCUUGAGAAGAAGUUCCACCGUGGGGCGAAUGGUCACGCGCGGUACAUUACCUGCAAGGAGCCCGAAUGCAACCGCAAUGUUUUGAAUGUCAAUCGCCGUGAACCUGCACAGCUCUGGAGGUCCAGAGAGCAGUUCAACCGCAUGACCAACGUCAAGCUCCUCGCCUUGGAGGACAAGCCCCCGGAGAAGCAGAAGACGGCCCGCAUUAUGCGACCCACGGGCCAACAGUGCUGGCUCUACGGGGUUCACCUGGUUCCUGGUAGCCCGCCUCCGGACUUCCCGCUCCUGUCGCCCGAGGACAUGGAUGUACUUCAACCUCUUCCGGGAGACGCUACCCACAUUGUCGGCGGCCCCUACCAUGGCUAUGCCUACAUCCAGGUGGCUGAGUCCCCCGACUGCAACCAGUACUGUGCCUACAUUAUCAAGAGAGCGCUGGACAAUGAGCCCAUGACGCCCGAUACGUUCCGCUUCGCCUUCUACCUGUAUGGCAGGAUCAUCUUGGUCUACAACUCGGGCAUGAAACGUCUUGGUGGCCCUAUGCUCCAGUGCCAGCAGGUCCACCCGGCUAUGGAUGUCGACCGCCUCAUCAAGGCCCCCAUCCAGAUGAAUCCUGAUGAUCAUCAACCGCAAGUACAAGAGUGCGAGGUGAUGAUGGCCAAUAGCUCAGACUCCGACCCAGAGGUCAUGGUCGCUAUGGCAGACCCCCCUGGCCUAGCUAUCCUGGAUAGCGGUUGCUCCAGGACUAUGCACGGUCGUGGAUGGGCUGCGGAGUUCGAGAAAGCGCUGACCGACCUCGGCCUGACCUUCGACACCAAGGCCAAGGAUCAGUCCUUCAAGGGCAUCGGGGGCCACAUCAAGAGCACCGAGAUCAAGAUCUAUCCCAUCGGGAUCGGUGGAAGGCAUGGUCAGCUCCACACAGCCGAGACCCCGGACAUGUCGCCGCUACUUCUGUCCAGACCCUUCAUGAAGAAGCUCGGCACGACCAUGGACGUGGAGCACGAGACCGUGAGCUUCACACAGCUGGGCCUCGAGGACAUUCCUAUGAUCCGCACCUCUCGUGGUCAUCUCGCUAUCAACCUCCUGGAAUUCGACAUGGAUAACCUCGACAUGUUCCACAUCGAGGAGGCGUUGGUUUCCUCGCCAACGGAGCCACCUACAAGCCCAGAGGAUGACCACUUCGCUGACCUCCCGUAUACCACGACGGUUGAGGACAUCGCCUACGGCAAGGUCUACGACGACCCACAUGACUUCGAGGCGUUCACUCAAGAUGAGCCCGGCGUCACGAAGAAGAACAAAAAGAUCGCGGCCCAAGAGUUAGCCUUGGACGGUGAUGACUGGUCCCGGCAGCAGACGCUCCAGAACGACCAUCUCACCCGAAAGCCACGCAAGCCUCCGUACGGCAAGACAUGGCUGAAGCAGAUCUUCGCCGGCCAGAUGGGCCUCACCUUGCUCGCCGUUGCCCUCGGCAUGAUGGUUGGUGCGCCACUGGAUUCGUCAUCAAGCGCCUGGGAUGCCGGAACAUCCAUGGGAGCUAAGCAGUUGGCGCAGGAUCUCAAGGUGGAGGACCCCUACGUUCUGGCGGCCUUGCCCGCCGAAACUGUGACAGCCCUCAGAGAAGAAGGCCGCAAGGUCCUGAGGCUGGUGGCCAAGGCCGUGGUAUGGAGACUUCAAGCCAAGCGCCACGUGUUCAUCGAGCAGCCCCUCAGGUCCCAGUCGUUGGACGAGCCCGAGAUGAAGCCCGUCAAGGACUAUGUCGAUAGCGGCCAGCUCAUCUACAUCAAGGUAGAUGGAGGCAUGAUGGGUUACAAGGACGCCGUCUCCGGCUACCCGCAUAAGAAGCCCUCGUAUUACCUCACGGACAUGAUCACCGCGCAGAGCAUCUUCGCACAUGCCGUAUGCCUCACUCCGAACCAGGUGGAGUUCCGAAGCGAAGGUCAAGCGGAUGAGCUACGGCCGGUCCUAAGCAUGACAGAGUCGGAAAGACGCAAGUGCUGGCUCCAGAUCGACCCGGACCUCCGCAAAACUCUCAGAGACCUCCACGUCAACUUCGGCCAUCCCACCAACGUCACACUGCAGCGGAUCCUCCGAAGACAGAAAGCUCGGCCAGAAGCCAUCAAGGCCGUGGACUACAUGCCCUGUGACGCUUGCGGUGAUAGCGUCCGCAAGAAGAGGCCCAAACCGGUCAGACUCCCUUCCGCCUACAAGUUCAACCACCACAUCCUGGUAGACGUGUUCCACGCCUAUGACAUCAUGAACAACCAGUACGGGUUCCUCAACAUGAUCGAUGACGGGACCAGGUUGUCUCCUGUCUUGGUCAAUCGCAAAGAAUUCCUUGCCGACUUCAGCGACUACCUCAAGCAGUAUGGAGUUGAGGUGGAGGCCAUGCCACUGGAGUCUCCCUGGAAGAAUGGGAAGGUCGAGAAGGCCGGUGGUCUGUGGAAGAACAUCUUCGCGAAGACCGUCUCGGAGAUGCAGAUCACCGGGUUGCAGGGCAUUCAGACCGCCACGAGCAUCGUCACUCAGGUCCGCAACGACUUUCCCCGGGAGAACGGCUACAGCCCGAACCAGUGGGUUCUCGGUGGCCAUGAGAUAAGGGUGCCGGGUAGCCUCCUCAGCGACUAUGAAUCUCAGCGCUUGGAGGUGCUCAAGGCCGCCGACAACCCGCAGAGCGCGAUGGCUAAGAACCCCAACAUCCGGGAAGCUGCGCGGGUCGCUCGCACGGAUCCGACGGGACAAACCGGCGACCGCAGUCAGCGGUGGCAUGGGCCUGCCCGUGUGAUCGGGAUAGAGCCCCGGAAUCCGCAUCGACUUGAAGAUCCUGAAGAGAUGACGGACGGAGCAGCGCCACAUAGCUACUGGCUUCGUUAUGGUUCCUCGGUCGUCCUCACCUCGGGAGAGCAGAUGAGCUUCGCGAACGAGGACCUGGCAGCCCACAUGGUGCCCCAGGAGAUCCAGACCGAGGAGAGCAUCCGCGGUACGGGAUGCCCGAUCCCCGUUACCGGCCUCCGGGACUACCGCCUGACCCUGGAUGGAGAUGGUGAUCAAGGCGAGAUCCACGACGACUGGCGAGUCCCGCACUACCAGCAACGGAUCCACUACCUGCCAUUGGUCCACCUGCGAACCAACAACCACCAGUCCCACGAGCACUACCACCAGACGUUGAUGGUCAGCAUGAGCCUGAACCUGCCCCAACCACGUCAGUACCACCGACGCCUCCGGGAGAACUACUACACGCAAUCCGGGACCCCGACCGUUUGGAUGGUGUUCCUGGAGCAGUCCGCACUCAGCGUCAUCGCCCUCCAGUUCCUGGUCCUUACGUCGUCGAGGAUGAGGACGGGCAGUUCCGACGGCAGUUCGACUGCGGAGGAGGACAACCAAGACCAGAACAUUCCCACCAACUUCAGGAUGGAGGAAGCCAUGCUCACCGGCAAGGCCGUUCGCUCCGAGACGAACCUCAAAGACUUAGACCCGGAGGACCGCGCCCUCUACGAUGUGAGCAUGGGCGAUGAGUGGCAGUCAUGGAUAAAGUUUGAGGCUGUGGACAUCCUCACGGAGAAGCAGAAGGAAGACCUGGACCCCGACAUCAAGGUCGUCGGGACCAGAUGGGUCCAUACGGACAAGAACAGAAAGGCCAGACUUCUGGCCCUGCGUGCUGCGCGGAAGACCGGCAAAUCAAGGUCGCAGAUCAAGAAGGAGUUCCCCAUCAAGGCCAAGAGCAGAUUUGUCGUGCAAGGAUGCCAGGAGAUCAAUAUCGGCAUCCGCAGUGACAGCCCCACGGCAUCACUCCUCGCCUUCAACCUGGUCUGCGCCGUGGCAGUGAUUCAGAAGUGGUUCGUGUUGGCCGCAGAUGCAUCAACGGCCUACUUGCAGUCGCAGGGGAUUGAUCGGGUACUCAUUUUGAGACCUCCUCGACCUCCACCGCCAGGUGUCAGUCCCCACGACCUCAUGCGCGCCCGCGGCUCCAUCUACGGCACGAAGGAUGCAGGGCGAGCUUGGUGGAAGAAGUUGAUACGUUCGCUAAGCGCUCAAGGAUGGCGCCGAUCUCGCAUUGAGUCAGCUCUCCUCUUUCUCUACGUUGAGGACUCCUUCCAGGGCAUCAUGAUCACCCACGUGGACGACCUGUUCGCGGCCGGCGAGGGAAAGGCCUAUGAUGAAUCCCUCAGGGUUCUGGAGAAAGAGCUGCACCUCACCAUCAAGCGCGGCAACUUCAGGUUCUGUGGAAAGGACCUCGUCCAGCACCCCGAUUACAAGAUCGAACUCAUCCAGAAGGAGGCCAUUGGCACCAUCGAGUACCAGGUGUUGGACAAGCGCCGCCGCAUCGUGCCCAACUCCCCGUUGUCUAAGGAGGAGAUCAGCCAGUUCCGUGCCUUGAUCGGUUCCAUGGGUUGGGUGACUCGCCAAACGCGCCCAGACCUCAUGGUGAAUGUCAGCAUGGCCAGCCAAUCAAUGAGCAGGCCACGCGUGCGAGAUGUGAUAGAAUUGAAUAAAGCCUUGAAGAUGCUCAAGGACACCGCGGACGCCAAGAUGUGCUUCUGCCCCAAUGACCAGCUGACCCUCUCCGAUACGAUCGUCUUCGUCUGUGCGGACAGUAGCCAUGCCAACGCAGAGACCAAAGCCGGAGAGAAGGUCAAGUCACAAUGUGGCUAUGUCGUCGGCCUCGCCCACAAAGACCUAGCCACGGACAAGGAGGUUCCUGUGCUCCUCCUUGAAGCACAAUCAAGUACAAUUAAGAGGGUAUGCAGAAGCACACUUGCGGCGGAGUCGAAUGCCUUCCUCAUGGGAGCUGAGGCAGCCGACUACGUCAGGUCCUUGCUCAUGGAGAUGCUGCACCCAGAUGAGAAGCUCAUCAACCUGGAGAGUGAGUACGUCAAGCGGAUGCUCCUCGUGCUCACCGACGCCAAGAGCCUGGAGAGCACCAUCGUCAAGGACGCCGGCCAGCCCACAGAGAAACGCGUCAAGAUGCUGGCGGACGUCCUCACCAAGGUUGGAUGUGAAAGAGAGCUGAUGCUCUCAGUUUUGGACCAAGGCAUCUGGGGCGUGACGCCUUCGCUGCUUGCCACCGCCAAGAAGUGCAACUUGCUGGACGACCAGCUGGUGGACGUUCUCUUGGACAGCGCCGCGGGGGGAAUAAACACCGUGGAGCGCGAGGGUGUGAGCGUGCGCCACCCCGCGCGCUUCGUGCUCAUCGGCACCUCCCACCCUGAUGAGGGCGACCUCAGGCCGCAGCUGCUGGACCGUUUCGGUCUCACCUGCAGCAUCCGCACCGCGCUGGCGGCGGAGCGGCGCAUGCAGGUCCUGUCGCGCGCCUACGAGUGGAACCAAACCCCCGAGAAGAUCGAAGCGCAGUGGGCCUCCACGGACGAGGCCUUCAAGAAGCUGGUGGUGGACUCCCGGGAGAGGCUGAAGGGCGUGAAGAUGCCGCACAAGCUGGCGCUGCAGGUGUCCACCGUGUGCUCCAAGUUGAAUGUGGACGGCCUGCGAGGGGACAUCGUCACGAAUCGUGCUGCGCGAGCCUUGGCCGCCCUUGAGCGGCGGAGCGAGGUCACCGAGGAGGACGUGCGGCGCGUGGCGCCUUUGUGCCUCCAGCACCGCCUGCGCAAGGACGUCGUGUCCGACACUCUGGACAACACAGCGCGAGUGGUCAAGGUGCUGCUGCAGGAGUUUGGGGAGGGCCCGCCACCCAUCCGCCCCGUGAUGAAGUUCCUGGAGCCCACGCCGGCGUGA